CACAAAGAGGCGACUUUUUGACCAGGUUAUGCUGGUCAGGCGUAUGGAAGAGGAGAAAGUCAUCAUUGUGAAGGAGAUGACCCAGCAUUGUCAAAAUCUGAGGCAGGCACUGGACAAACUGGACCACCUCCUUCAUCAGACAAAAGACGACAUCAGGAACCAAAAAACUGAGCAGAGUCACCAGCACCUACAGCUGUAUUGGCACGGACUCGUCUUUUCUCAUGAUGGAGGAAGACAUUGAAGACGUUGAUGAGGACAACGAACAGGACGGUGAUGAGGACAACGAACAGGACGGUGAUGAGGACAACGAACACGACGGUGAUGAGGACAACAAACAGGACGGUGAUGAGGACCAAACGAACAGGACGGUGAUGAGGACAACGAACACGACGGUGAUGAGGACAACAAACAGGAAGGUGAUGAGGGACAACGAACAGGACGGUGAUGAGGAUAAACGAACACGACGGUGAUGAGGAUAACGAACACGACGGUGAUGAGGAUAACGAACACGACGGUGAUGAGGAUAACAACAAACAGGACGGUGAUGAGGACAAUGAACACGACGGUGAUGAGGACAACAAACAGGACAACGAACAGGACUUAACAAGUCUAUUGUAUUGUGUUGUAUGCAUGUGAACGUAUUAAAACGAGUAUUACGAUUUAA